GAAACAAACACCACUAAUUCAACUUCAAAUUCCUCAUUCUCUCUCAUCAACUGGGUAAGAUUUCAUGGCAACAAAACUGUCAUUCCCUCCAAUUUCAGAUUACCCCUUCAAACAUCAAAGAAACCCUAAAUCAUUUCAAUCAAUUUCCCCUUUUUCUUUAAUACCCACAAAUUAUUAUUAUAAUUAUUAUGGUUCAAACCCCAAUUUCAAGAAUGUUUGCUCUAUAAAAUCACCACCACCAGUAAUUCGUGCUGUGAAACAAGAUGUCAUUCAAUCAACUGAUUCAGAGUCAACCCUUGAGUCCAAUUUCCCUUCAGCUUCGUCUUCUAAGUUGGUUCUUGUUGUUGGUGGCUCUGGUGGUGUUGGGCAGAUUGUAGUGGCAUCAUUGCUCAAUCGUGAUAUCAAAAUACGUCUUUUAGUACGAGAUCCUGAAAAAGCAACUAAAUUGUUUUGUGAACACGAUGAAGAGAAACUACAAGUGUGUAAGGGGGACACAAGGAGUCAAGAGAAUCUUGAUCCAUCAGUUCUUGAGGGUGUAACACAUGUUAUAUGUUGCACGGGGACUACAGCUUUUCCUUCACGGAGAUGGGACGGAGAUAAUACGCCUGAAAGAGUAGAUUGGGAUGGAGUCAGAAACCUCAUAUCUAUACUACCGUCAUCUGUGAAGAGAUUUGUUCUUGUUUCAUCGGUUGGAGUGACAAAGUUCAAUGAACUACCAUGGAGCGUCAUGAAUCUUUUUGGUGUUCUGAAGUACAAAAAAAUGGGAGAGGAUUUUCUUCGUGAUUCUGGGAUUCCUUAUACUAUAAUCAGACCUGGGAGGUUGACUGAUGGCCCGUAUACCUCAUAUGAUCUCAAUACUCUGCUCAAAGCUACAGCUGGGGAGCGUCGUGCUGUACUCAUGGGUCAAGGAGACAAGCUCGUUGGAGAAGCAAGCAGACUAGUUGUAGCUGAGGCUUGUAUACAGUCACUGGAUAUUGAAUCCACAGAAGGGGAGAUUUUUGAAAUCAAUUCUGUUCAGGGAGAUGGACCGGGGAGUGAUCCACAGCAGUGGAGAGAACUGUUCGACGCUGCUCGGACAAAAUAACAGGGACUGCUUAAACUGCAGAAGGGCUUCUGUUUAAGUUCAUGUGCUGAAUCUCUUCUGUUUCCUGAUAAUGUUGUGUUGUAUAGUAACUGGAAAUAUCAUUUGUGCAAAUGUAUAGAGAGCAAAUAGCAUUUCUAGCUGUGUGAGUCUAUUCUUGGGUAACAUGGAACAUAUCACAACAAAAAACUGAUAUGACAUUUGAGAAAGUAUUUAUUCCAACAACACUCUCAUGUGAUGUUGUUCGUC